UACUGAUCCACGGAGCGCCAAAUUUUAACUUCAAAGUAAUCUUCCGAUCCUGUACAGGCGAUGAUGAGGAUUGCUUAUAUCUGCUGCGUGUCUGAUUCGUGCAAGCAAGUAGCUUUCGUGGUAUCCUUGGCGUGUGAUUAGGUGGGAGGAUCCGGCUAGAUCAGAGAUGGUUCAAAAAAUUGCCAGCCCGCUCUUCCUGUGAGAAUGAACGCAUUAUUAUCUUGCCUUGGGAGGUACCCUGGUCGAUGCACUCGCAAAGGGAAUGCGUAUCCGACUUGAGCCAUCGAUGUAUAUGUCUGUGCUGUUAGAGACUCGUCGUCGUCGUCUUUUGCUCACUCUACGUCUGGUCAUGAUUUACUACGAGGAGGCACUAAGCACGGUGCUUCUGAAGGUAAUAUCCAGGGCAAUCAUGGAGGAGAUCAACGGGUCGUGGAGCAGAAUCUCGGCAGCUCUCCAGGCUGUCUCGUUGCUUGAGAGUGAAUGCGCGUCUGUCGUCUGAUACCUUAGGGCCGCAUUGAUGAAGCCAGCUAGCACUCCGUGGCCGUGUAUAUGUAUCUGUAUCAAGGGAGGUAUAGUAGUGUCCAGCCAAG